CGCCGAUGCAACUAACUAAACAAAACAAAGGCCUUGGUUCCGCUAUGAUCCCGUCCUCUCAUGGCCGUUGCACGAACGUUGCUUAAUUUCGAUUUUUCGAGCUCUUUAUUACAUACUCUUCGAAACAAUCUAAUCCUCAACACCUCUGCUUUUUGAUUCUGAGGUGCACUUUAAGUUAAUUAUUUGAGAGCUGAGAAUAAUUAGGCAUUUAUGUCCUACAGCUUGUCAUACUCCACUGUGUAUUUUUAGUUCUACAUAACAAUUUUCGAGAGCUGAGGGAAUGUCAGCACCUGGGAAGUUUGAUUUUUCUUCCGGUGCUGCGCCUCUAUACAGAUCUAACUUUGCCCCACAGAUGGAAAGAUCAAGUAGCUUUCGUGAACUUCCUGUCCCAUCGUCUCAUCCAAACAUGUUGAGGGGUGCUUCACCACCAACACAAACAGAUGUAACAAACUUCUUUCAGUGUUUGCGUUUUGAUCCUAAGGUGGUUGCCGCCGACCACAAGUCUAUUCGUCAAGGUGACUUUAAGCGGCAUGUUAAUAUUGCUCUUGGAAUACAAGGAGAUGAGUCUCCUAGCACAGCAUUCAAAGGGAAGUUUAUUCCAGAAGAGAUCAAAAGACUAAAGGCUGGUCUGCGCGAAAACAACGUCAAGGCCAGGGAGCGCGUAAAAAUUUUCAACGAAGCUUCUUCUGUAUUUAACAAGUGGUUCCCAAGUGGGCCUACAAAGAAGAGAUCUCGACCAGAAGGGUUUUCUGGUGGUGAUCGCUUGGUCUCAGGAUCAGGAUCAGGCCUAGGUAAUAUGGGCAUUCAAGAUCAGACCCUGGCUGGUGGUUUUGAGCUUGACCAGCAAAAGUUAGAUGAGCGACCUAAAAGCGCUGUCCCAAAUAAGCGAACACGUACUUCCAUGAUGGAUGUUCGAAGCAAUUCCAUUGUUCGACAGUCAGCUGCUGUAGACAGAGAUAAAGAAAUAACGCGGCUGGCUAAUCAUAAUGCACUUCAGGGUGAAGAUCGAACCUCACUUGGUAUUGAUGGUUGGGAAAAGUCAAAGAUGAAGAAAAAACGCUCCGGUAUUAAAACCGACUGUCCUCCGAACCUGAGUUCAAGUAAAGUAGUUGAUGGUUAUCGAGACUUGAACCAGGCCACACAACAGAAGUCAAUGGGUGACACCCGGCCGAGAUUGAAUGGUGACUCGAACAUGUUAAGGCAAGCGGCUGGUAAUGGAGCUACUGGUUAUGGUAGAUCUGAUAACCUCUCUCAGCAGACGAGCUUGGCUGGAUAUUCCCCACCGUCAAGGGGCGAUUCUGAUCAUAAUUCUUUGUGCAUUGAGAAGAGAGAACGCUCCGUUGGUUCAGAUAAGGAAAGGGCGAAUCCAAGAGCUGUCAACAAGUCCAAUAUUCACGAUGGAAUCAAUCCUGCAAGUCCGGUUAAUACAAUACGAAAUGCUUCUGUUCGUGGGCCUAGAUCGGGAUCAGGGCUACCUCCGAAACUGUCUCCAGGACCACCCUAUAACUCUCCAUCCCCAAGUGACUGGGAUAUCUCUGGCUGUACAAAUAAGCCUCCACCAAUGUCAGGGGUUACACAUCGGAAGCGUAUGACAUCAGAUCCGCCUUCGUCACCACCUGUCACUCAAUGGGCCAGUCAGAGACCGCAAAAGAUAUCCCGUACAGCAAGAAGGACGAGUUUAGUUCCCAUUGUUUCUAUUAAGGACGAAGCCUACUCAGAUACUAUAUCAGGUGCUGGUUGUAGUGAAACUGGGUUUGAAUUUUAUAAACGCUCGCCAGCUGCUUCUCCUCAGUUGAAACUAAAAGGUGAAAGCAGCUUCUCCAUAGCAACUUUUUCAGAAAAUGAAGAAUCUGGUCCCCCUGAGAUCAAGUCUAAAGACAAGGCGAAACAGUCUGAUGAGGUUGAUUGGAAAGAUGCACAGAAUAUUCCUAAAAUGUCUAUCCCUGCUUUACAGUCAAGAAAAGGUAACAAGCCUGCUUCUGGUGAAGAGAUUGGGGAUGGUGUGAGAAGGCAAGGAAGGACGGGCCGUGGCGGCUUUUCUUCCACAAGGUCUCUCAACCCAAUGGGAGUAGAGAAACUUAAGAACGUUGGAAAAGCGAAACAGCUUCGCAGUGCAAGAACUGUCUUGGGCAAGAGUGAAAGUAAGGUGGGUCGUCCACCCACUAGGAAACUAACUGAUCGCAAGGCUUACAAACGUCAGAGAGCAACGGCAGUAAAUGCUUCACCACUAGAUUUUCAUGAUGAUGGCCAUGAGGAGCUACAAGCAGCUGUUAACUCAGCUGUAAAUUUUGCUCAGAAUUUUCCCAACUCUUUCUGGAAGCAAAUGGACCGCUACUUUUGCUUUAUAUCCGACGAUCAUAUUAACUUCAUGAAGCACCAGGGAGAACUCUUCUCCAUGGGUCCUUCACCUGUGCUGACAUCCCCUGACUUUGAUAGCCGUGAUUUAUAUCCUGAGGAACUUGCAACCAGAAGUGUAGAUUCCAAGGCUUCUCCACUUUACCAUAGACUGCUGUCAGCUUUGAUUUCUGAGGACUCGAUGAGUAUAAAUGAAGAUCUACAAGUUGAUGGAUUUGGGGCCAUGCCUGGUCUCGAUGAUGACUCAGAAUUCAGUGUUGUGAAGAGUAAUGGAUUUAGAAACAAUGAAAGGCUUGAACAUGAUGAAUCAGAGGAUGAUGGGUCUGGAAUUCUGCUCAAUGGUUUUAUUAACUCGGACUACCACUGCAAUGGCAAAUUUUCAGAUCAUUCACCCAUUGACUUCUCAGACAUUCCGUAUGAUAAAUUGGGAAUAGAUGAAAAGAUUUAUCUGGAAGCUCAAUCUAUUGGAAUAUCCUUGGAAUCAAUGCCUAGCAUUUCAAAUAUGGAGGAUGAAGGAGUCGUUGAUGAAAUAAAAAAGUUGGAGGAGGCUAUCAGCAAGGAGGGUUCUAAGAAGAAAGAGAUGGUUGAUAGGCUAUUAAAGCCUGCCUUAGAGAUGAGAGAAAUCCAGGAGAAGGAGUUAGAUCAGCUUGGUUAUGAUAAACUCAUUGAGAUGGCAUAUGAAAAAAGCAAGGCAAGUCGGCGUCAUCACACCGUUGGUGGAAAGAACUCCACUAACAAGAUAUCAAAGCAGGCUGCAUCUGCUUUUGUUAAAAGGACGCUUGAACGAUGCAAUCAAUUCGAAGAGACGGGCAAAAGCUGCUUCAGUGAGCCUGAAGUUAAGGAUAUGUUCAUUGCCAGGUUGGCAACAGCGCAAGAUAAUCUUGUGGACAAGGAGGAUAAUCCGUCGACUUCAACACCCAUUGGCUCACAGCCAAGCUUGGCACGCAUUGGGCGGAACUUGGAGAACUAUGCCAACUGUUCUGAUGCUCGACCAUCUGAAAAUGCGUUACGAGAGCAAACGACAGGGAGAGAAGAUACAGUUUGGUCCAAUAGGGUCAAGAAAAGAGAGUUGCUGCUUGAUGAUGUUGGUAUUGGGACACAACUCUCAAGUAGUACAAAGGGAAAGAGAAGUGAGAGGGACAGAGAUGGGAAAGGGCAGGCUUCAUCUAGAACUGGGACCAAUAAGAUCGGCCGGCCUUCCCUGUCCAAUGCCAAUGGUGAAAGAAAACCGAAAGCAAAACCGAAGCAGGAGGCAAAUCAGAUAUCUUCAUCUGUUAGGGUCCUGGAGCAACCCAAAGCACCAUUACCUAACUCAAAUGAAGCAAACAGUGAGUAUGAUAAUCUGGGGGCAUUGGAGGAUACAGAGCCCAUUCUAGACUUUUCUCAGCUACAAAUACCAGAUGGCUUAGGAGGUCCAGAGUUUGAUGCGCAGCCAGGUGAUAUUAGCUCAUGGUUUAACAUGGACGAGGAAGAAGAUUUCGAUAUCUCGGAGCUUGGAGUGCCAAUGGAUGAUCUUGCAGGGCUGAAUAUAAAGUUUUGAGGUUACCUCUUACUCUCACUCCAUGAUCUAUAUCUGUAUAGUCUUGUUGGUUAUACUAGUUAACAACAAAAGAAAACCAUAAAGGUAAAGAAGAAAAGUUUUGCUUCCUUGAACAUUUGUUAGCUCCAGAAAAUUAGGUGAUAUAGAUUCCUACUUCUUUUUAGGGCUUCGUUUCCGUUUCUUAUAAUUCUGUUGUAGUGAUAUAUAUAUACAAAUUUAUAUAUAUGGAGGGUCUUCUUCUUCUUUGAUCUUUUUUUUUUUAUUUCUUUUUUUAAAGUUUUCGUAACCUCAGAACCAUUACCUUCUCUGUACAUACAUUUUGUGCUCCUUAAUAAAAUUCAGUUUCUCC